AAGAAGGGGAAGGCGGCGGUAGCUCCAGGCUCCUUCGGUAUGGAGAUCCCCGCCGUUAACUUGAAGGCAAUUGUCCUGGUUCACUGGCUCUUGACCAUAUGGGGCUGCAUGGAUGUUUGGUUACCACAAACCUACAGCUGGAGUAACUUCACCGUCUUGGCCCUGGGCGUCUGGGCGAUUGCGCAGCGUGACUCCGUGGAUGCCAUCUUCAUGUUCCUGACCGGCUUGCUGUUGACCAUCCUGACCGACAUUGUCCACUUCAGCCUCUACUACCAGGUGGCGGAAACGAGGCUGACCGACACCAUGCGCUUUUGCACCGGCAUGGCCAUUUUUAGCCUCCUGCUCAAGCCUCUCUCCUGCUUCUUCGCCUACCAGAUGUACCGUGAACGGGGAGGAGAAUAUGCCCUGAACCUAGGUGUGCUCGGCGUCAGCCAGGAUACCAGCGCCUACCAGUCCAUUGAGACGCCAGACCCGCCGCGCCCGUACCCCGACGUGGCUAGCAGGGGAGCCCAACCACCCUCUUACUGACGGCCUUUGGGGGGAUCUGAAGCAACCGGUCCCUCUUUGGAAAGGAGACUCGCCCCGUUCUCUCCUGGUGUGGGGUUCGGGGGGAGACACUUGAGGGAAAGUUUCUCCUUUCAGACGACGCUCUCCGGCUGAGCCUCCAUCUGUGAGGAAGAUCUUAAAAUGUGAAUAUUCCCACGGGGUCCCUCCAUUUUUUCGCCUCUUGCCUCAGUUGCCGAGUUUCUAAAUCAGCGUCUUCGCACAGACUUGACAGACGUCCCCCUCAAAAUGUGCUUUUCAACAGGGAAAAGGCGUAGCUUUUCCGCGGUGUCGUCCUACAUGGCUCGUGGCAACAGUGGCCAACCUGGCCUGGCUGAUGUUUGCAGAAGAUGGCGGUUGGAGGAACGGCUGAAGGUCAUAGAGAGAAGUGGUGAACUUUUAUCUCCAGCCUUGCCUUAAACCGCGGCUCCUCUAUUCCCAUCGAUCGCUUAGAGUGCCUUCGUUUUCUUUUUCUCUGGAAUUUGGUUUUCAGGGACAAUUAAAAAAGCU